AUGCCGUCGUACGCACUGAAUCAGUGUAUUGAUUUGGAUGAAGUUUUAAGCAAGCAGUUUCUGAGCCUUGACCUGCGAGAGCCACCAAAGACCUCUGCUUUACAUGCAUCAUCAGUUGGAUAUAGAAAACCAGGGACCUCCUGCUCCCCAUCCAGUGGUUCAGGCCUCUCGCCACUUGGCACAGAGAGUGUAAGUCUGACCUCAAGCCACUGGAGGCAAAGCAGAGAACAUUCGCCGUCUUCACGCUGGAACAAGAUGUCAUUCUGGACUGAGCGCUCCGUCAGUAUGGUAGAGUCUAACACGGGCGGUUUCAGUUGGGCAUCUUCUGAGACCAGCCACGGACAACAGGCCGCAGUGACUCCAAACUCCUUCUCUGUCACGAGCUCCGCCUCCUCGGGCGCUGCGCCGACCCCGUCGUCCCGAUAUAAGACGGAACUGUGCCGUACUUACACCGAACGCGGCACGUGCAAGUACGGCGCAAAGUGCCAGUUUGCACACGGGCAGGAGGAACUGCGUGACCUGAACCGCCAUCCCAAAUACAAGACGGAACCCUGCCGCACCUUCCACUCCAUAGGCUUCUGUCCCUACGGCAUCCGCUGCCAUUUCGUCCACAAUAACGAAGACGACCUUGCCCACGCCAGACCCAAGAACCAAACCUCCAGGCCCCCUGCCCAGCGCCCCCCACUCCUUAAACAGAGCUUCAGCUUUGCUGGCUUCCCCUCCAACCCUGCUCCACUCGACCUGUCCCUGCCCCCACCCUUCCUCAGAGCCCCCUCCGUCUCUUCCCCGAACUCUGCCACCAUCUCCGACCUUCUCUCUCUCGCCUUCCCCGACUUGGACCGCGCUGGGGAUCUGGAGCAGGCCCCUGAGCCCCAGCCUCAAUUUCUCCCCUCGCCCGACUCGGGCUGCUCCAACUGUGGAUUGACCCCAACCCUGUCCCCCUCCCAUAACCCGCUGGGCCAGACGGAAGGGUGCCUGCGACGGAGCCCAGGUGCUGGUUCGUCCAUGGGCGGCAGAUGCCUGUCCCACACCUCCCUGUCUGACCAGGAGAGCGGCACCGGAAGCUCUGCCAGCAGCCUGAGCGGUUCUGAUUCCUCUUGCAGCUACGACGCCCCUGGACGAAGACUCCCCAUCUUUAGCCAGCUCUCUGUACCAGAUGAGGGUUUCUUUAGCGAGAGCAGCAAUGGCACAAGCUUUUUCCUCUAG